AUGGUGCAGCACUCGAAAUGCCUUAUUCUCGUGGCCUUUUUUCGGGUAUUGAGUACCACAUCAUUCCUUUUACCUGAAAGAACCAUUACGAAUCAAAAAUUUCGAUCAUUUGAACCACAACUACCAAAUUUGUCUUCUAGAGGUCCAAUAGCAGCUCUGAAUGCAGGUGGGGGGAAAGACCUGAGCUCGUCUAGCAGGGAACGACGAGAGGAGGAAAAUCGAAGAAAGAAAAGAAAGGAUGAUGUCGUCAUCGGUAAAACUUCUGCAAAGAAAGGGGAAAAGGACUAUGCCCUAGAUCCAGAAGCUACUGAGCAAGAGUUCUUGAGGCAAGCAUCGAAUAUCGAACAAAAGGUAUUUCUGAUGACAUCGAAUGGAAAGAAAUUGCUCAAUUCGCUGAGACUUGAAGAAGCUGAUAAAGCAUUCGAUAGUGUUCUCGAACUCAAACCGAAUGUCUACUUAUGGCAAGCUGGUAUUGUGAAAUUCUAUUUGGGAAAUAUUGGAGAAGCAGGUGAAAUAUUUGUGCGAAAUGCUCAGCGGUACGAAACGAAGUUUGGACUACAAGGCAGCGAAGAAAGAAUAUGGAGACACGCCUGCGAAUUGAAACUGCUAUAUUCAAUGUCCGUAUCCGAAAGAAAAACAUUAAAAAAAAACAAGAACAUCGGUGCACUUAUACCUAGUAUUCCAGAGUUUAAAAGAGAUGAUAUUUUCGCUAAGGAGACACGACAGGUCGUCAAAAUAACCAGAGAUCUGUUUGAGUCAUCUGUUGAAGGCAAUUUCCCCAACGAAAUAUUGUCAAAGGCGCAAUUGUUGUUCUUCGCCAGAGGCGGUACCUCGACUCACGAUCGAAAGCUAUGGAAACUAACUGCCUGGUACUAUUUGGGACUUUACAACGACGUGACAGGCAAUGUCGACGAGAGUAGAAAAUGCAUGAAAAUGGCUUUGAAGCUGUGCCCCAGCAGUGGAAAAAGCGAUGAUAUUGUUCAUACGCUCCCUUUACUGCACAUGUCAGUCAGAGAAUGGUUCGACGAUUCCGGCUUUGAUGAUGACCCUUUGGAAGACGAUCCUUUUUAUCGUGACCACUCUGGAUCCGUCCUCACAACAGCCGACGUCGCUUCCAUCGAUCGCUAUAUUGAGAAAUGCAUCAGAGGUGGGGUUACAAAAUUAAGUAUGGUCGAGCUAAGACAAGCUCUUCGCAUUAUUGGGUUGAAAACUGAUGGGUCCAAGCAAGACCUACGGGAAAGACUCUUCCUCUCCUUGAAGGCAGAAGCACAAUCAUUUGGAUCAGGAAACAUCCCAUAG